GUCAGUGGUGUUGGGGGUGAGGGAGGAGUGGACGGAGGCAGUCAGGAGUUGUCGCUGUGGUCCUCAGUGUGGAGACAUGUCCGUGUGUUUAAUGUGUCUUACUGGUUCUUCUUCACGGUGAGGACGCAGCGCUUCUUCCCUGAUGGCGGUCCCCGCAGCGCAGCCGCUUCCAUGAUGGUGAAGCUGAAAACUUAGCGGAGGAAACUUUGUGAACUCGGAGCUGGAGUCUUCUGUCCCUGCACUCAACACAAGACGAGACGAAGACAAACCAUGGCUGACACCACUUCAGUGUCGCUGUGGGCUUUAACUUUCAGCUUUUACUUCGGCGUGUCCACUUGUCUCCUGUCCAUACCUCUGAAGAUUUACCCGGGGAGGAUCGACGUGUCCCCGGCUGUGGAUGUGUCUGCUGUCCAGCGGGUGGUGUUAGCAGCCGCUGAUGGGACCGGCCUGUCUCUGGCCUCCGAUCCCACUGGAACUGUCAACUUUCUGGACAUGGCUCACAACUUACAGGGGGACUCUGGAAGAGGUUACUACAUAGAAAUGUCCAUUGGCACCCCCGGUCAGAAGCUCAACAUCCUGGUGGAUACAGGCAGCAGCAACUUUGCCGUGGCCGCGGCUCCACACCCUUUCAUAACACACUACUUCAACACUGCACUCUCCAGUACCUACGAGUCAGUCGGUCGGAUGGUUGCUGUCAGGUACACUCAGGGCAACUGGGAAGGUGAACUGGGCAUUGACCGGGUCUCCAUCCCCAAAGGGCCAAACGGGACCAUCAUCUUUAACAUUGCCGCCAUCCUGUCAUCUGAGGGCUUCUUCCUUCCUGGGAUCAACUGGCAGGGCAUCUUGGGGCUGGCCUAUCCCAUGCUGGCACGGCCCGACUCAUCCGUGGAGCCCUUCUUCAACUCUGUGGUGCAGCAGCUGGGAAUUCCUGACAUCUUUUCCCUGCAGAUGUGCGGUGCUGGACUGUCAGCCAGCAGCACGGAGGACCUGCCGGGCGGCAGUCUUAUCAUGGGAGGGGCUGAACCAUCUCUGUACCGAGGGUCAGUGUGGUACACCCCCAUCAUAGAGGAGUGGUACUACCAAGUGGAGGUCUUGAAGCUGGAGGUUGGUGACCAGAAUCUGGACCUGGACUGCAGAGAGUAUAACAUGGAUAAAGCUAUAGUUGACAGCGGGACGACGCUGCUGCGACUUCCUGUCAACGUCUUCAAUGCUGUGGUAGAAGCCAUCAUACACAGCUCUCUGAUCCAGGAUUUUUCUUCAGGGUUCUGGGAUGGCACCAAGCUUGCAUGCUGGAUGAAGGGGGAGACUCCCUGGAGAUUCUUCCCCAAGCUGUCCAUCUAUCUGAGAGCCACAAACACCAGCCAGUCCUUCCGUAUCACCAUUCUGCCUCAGCUUUACAUCCAACCGGUCAUCGAUGUGGACGGAACACUGGACUGCUUCCGUUUCGGACUGUCCUCUUCAACUAAUGGCCUUGUGAUCGGCGCCACUGUUAUGGAAGGCUUCUUCGUGGUGUUCGACCGGGCCCAGCAGAGACUGGGCUUUGCACUCAGCAACUGUGCAGUAAACGGUGGCGUGGCCCUGUCAGAGAUCGCCGGACCCUUUUCAGCAGCCAACGUGGCGGCGGACUGCUCCAGCGGUGCACUGAAGGAGCCGCUCCUGUGGGUCAUUUCCUACGCCCUCAUGGCGGUAUGCGGUGUGGUCCUCAUCGUCCUGCUGCUGCUGCUUUUGCUUCCCUGCCGACGUAGGGACCACUUCGGGGAGAUAACGGACGAGUCGUCACUGGUCCGCCACCGCAUCAAGUGACUGAGAGGAAACGGACGGGCGAGCAGGAUGAACGGGCAGGGAGCCGGUGAGCAGAGCACGUGCACGGCGGCGGAGAAGGGGGUGAGGCUCGGCCUGCGUGGAACUGUGACGCUCGGCUCUGAACCACUGACCGACUCUGGACUGCACUCAUCAGCUUGGCCUGCAGAGGUCGACAGAGACACAUCGACUGCCUCUUAAAGGGAAAAUUCACCCUAAAAACAGUUUUUGAUGAGUUUCCUGUUCUUUCUUAUUCUCAUUUCAUUCCAUGUCAUAUACAUGAUACUGUGACAUCCAGCAUAGGAGAAGAACAGGUUAAAAGUUGAUUGUGCAGUGUAGCCACAGGACAGUUAAUCUGGUAUGAUUUGCUCUUUCACAGCUGGAAAGACUUUUGCUUUCUCCACUACACACACUGAAACUGGGGCGUGGUUCAAGAGCACUCUGCCAAAUUCAUGCUUGGCCUUAAUUGGAAGAUAAUCUGGGAGAUGUAGGAAAUCACUAACACCAACAGAAAGGUGAACAAAACUAUGAAACACUUUAUAGCCGUUUUCAGACAUGAUCUCCGGAGAAUCCCCGUACAAUUGGGUCAUGACAUUCCCUGGACUUUGCCUUUAACAGAUGAAAAACAACAACGUGUUGACAACAUGGCAGGAAUCUCUGCAGAGAUCUUGUGAGGGAAGGGGCAGCAGACUGAGGCAGGAUGUAAAGUAUUUUGUUGAGAGCAUAUCGACACUGGAGUCGACUCUAAUCACCAGAAGCUCUUGACAUCUUCAGCUUUUUCAUCCUGAGAUAUAUUUGUAUUCUUUUUGGGUUUUUUUCCAUUUUUGCAUGUUAGAAACGUCAACAUGACCAUUCGCUCUCCGUGAAUCCUGCGGAGGAUCAACUGUCAUCAAGCCAUUCAGUAUUCUCCCUAGUUUUUACUCGGGUUGGCUGGAGAAAGUCUGGAGCCUCUCACCCGGAUUUGCGUUAUCACAUACAGCCCCUGAAUGUCUGGAGAUUAUCUGGAAUUCGGCGCAAGUCUGAAAGCAGCUGAUGACAUAUAACAGCAUAAAAACAUGUAAGGACGGAGUUUCUUCCUCAGAGAUAAAGACAGGACUGUAGGUGGGCAGAACAUAAAGCACAUGAUCAACCACCACUGGUGCCUUUAAGAACAAGUGAAAUGUUACUUGUGUCAUUUCCAGGCCAAACUGUGCGUUACUCAUUUCAAAGCACAUAUGACCAACAGAUCUUUCUUUUACUUUGUUUAAAGAUCUAAUGGUAGCUCUGAUUGGUUUCUUGUACCUUCUUUUAUACUGGAGUUUAUCUGAGUCAAAGUAAAGUCUGUGUCUACUGACGUUAUGGGGAAACGCUGCUCAAUGAGUCACUGUUCAUACGAAGAAAACUACACAGGUGCCUGUUGUGCCUUAAAGUCUUAGUUUGAUGCUGAUACAGCAUCAUGAACCAUUUGAGACUCGUUCUGCUGAAUUGCACUUUGUUUUUCUUAAGUUAAACAAAAGUGUAUGAUAAAGUUAAAGAUCAGUAUUUCUGGAUCUGUUAUGCAAUUUGUUGUAUUAAUGUAAUUUUACUAAUUCUGCCGACAUACAAGUUUAUAUGUAAAUUUCUUUGAAUGUGAUUGUAUUAUUAUUAUUCAAAUAAGUAUUUUCUUUGUAGACACUAGAUGAUCGAGGAUGCAUAUUUAUACUUCACAUUUUAUACAAAUCAAACACAACAUGAGAAGCCAAAAGAUUUUUGCAACUAGAGACACAUGCACCACGUGUGAUCCUGUGGACGGCAGUAAACUGAUAUGCAAUAAAAAGUUAUUAAACAGAAUUUUAUCGUUGACACUAGAGACACUUUUGUAUGUAGAAGUCAGUGAAACAGUAUGUGAAACAUGGUGAGACCACACACUGCUGCACAAUCAAUCUGAAUCCAGUGCCUGCUCCAGUGUCGACCAAAAGUUCAAACUGCUCAAAUUGAAGGUACACUUGAAUCUUUGAAUGUUGAAUUAUUUAUGUUUUUUGUUUCCGUGCCAAAAUUGUUCUCGUGCUGUAAAUAAUAAUUAAAGAAAACCUGACCAAAUCAAAACAUUUCUGUCUCGUUAAAUGUUUCUCAGGAUCAAACCAUCUUACGAGAUCAUCAGUUGGCAGGAGCUCGAUGUGGGUUUGUGUUGGGGUACAGUUUCUCCAUUUACUGGCUCAAACAGCAACAUUAAAAACAAUCAUAUAUAU